AACACAAUAUUUUUGAGUGAUAUCCUCUUUUCUUUGAUUAUACCUUCCAAGGUUAUGAACAUAUUUGUAAACAAGUAUAAAACAUGGAAGACCGUCUCUCAAACACUCAGUUCAAAAUUAAAUGUUCAACUAGACACGUCAAAUAAUAUUGAUCAAUUUACUACGUAGUCUAUUGUUUUUAUUUUAAAUCAAACAAUAAAACAUUUUAAUUUUUAUAAUGGCUUUCAUACCUUUGAGUAUAGCUGUUUUAUUCAUUUCUUCAGCUUGCGGGUUCAGAAGUUUUGGAUUAGAUUCUGAGUUGGGAGGUUUGGGACCGCAUUCAGUUCCUAUUUCUGAUGCUGACAGAACUAAAAUUGAUAAGAAUGUAACAACUCAUAUUAUUGCUAAUCCAGGAGAUUCAGUACAAUUUGAAUGUUAUGCUACUGGUAAUCCAACUCCUACGAUCCGAUGGACAAGAUAUUUUAAUCCACCGGAUCCUCUUUUGCCAAAUGGAGAAAAAGAAUAUAACGGAAAUAUACUAAAAAUCCCAUCAGCGAACAGUCAAACUGCCGGAGAUUAUAUUUGUGAAGCUGAGAAUAUGAAUUCUGAUGAUUUCUUACAUUAUAGUUUGGAAAUAGCAUCAGAACCAAUAAUCACAGAAGUUUCUCAAACACAUGUAUUUGGUUCCUAUAUUUUAUUGCAAUGUACUGCUUCUUGUCAUCCAAGAACUACAUUCCAAUGGUAUAAAAACGGUGAACUGCUUACGAUGAAAGAAGAUGAUCCAGCAAAUGAUCAGUUUGUGCCUAUUGGAAUCGUUCUCGGUUCAUUUGGUUUUUCAACAAAAGACAAUGAUUUCGAAGGUACAUAUAAAUGCGUAAUUGAAAAUCAUCUUGGAAAAGACGAAAAAGUUUUUGAAAUUAAUGGUUCAGCAAUUGCUACUCCGAAAUAAAUAUAAAAUUUAUACAUCACACAGCGAUAUGAUUAAUUGAUAAUAUUAAUUUAUGAAUGGUAUAUAGUAUAUUCUGAAUGAUGAUUUAUUUGUAGUAUAAGAAAUAGUAAUACUCUAUAAUAAUAAUAUACAUUGGAAUAAUAUGUAUUCUAUAUACUUUUAGAGAAAUACUAAUACAAUAUAAUUAUUAAAAUCAUUUCACAAGGAAUAUUAUCAAAGCUUAACAUAUUUUUUAGUACUAUUAGAUAUAAAAAAUUGAAGUUAUAGAUGUUUCCAAAUAUAUCCAUAGGAUAUUUUAUUGUUGAAAACACUCAGUUCGAAAUUAAAUGUUUAACUAAAUGCCUAGAAUACAAUUCAACAUUUUAAUCUAGUGUUGUCAUUUUCAAGCAAAGAAGUCGGUUUUAAAAUUUUAUUACUCUUAGUUAAACCGAAAUCAUCAUGGAUCAUAAAAUCUGCACUUUAAAAUCGAAUUAGUUCUCUGAUUAAAUAAACUGAAUGGACAGAUAGCAACAGAAUUUACAAUACUGAAAAAAAAAUUAAAUUAGUUGACAUAAAUCAUCUAAAAUGAAACAGUUAAAAUUUGUGAGUUUACUAUACGAACAAAAUAGGGCAUUUUAUCUGGGUGUAUUAUUGCUACCUUAGCCACAGAAGGAUGACAAAUAGCCUAGUAAAGUGCCCUAUUUUGUUCUCUUCGUAAACAAUAUACUAUUUUAAAUGAUAACUUAUUUCUAAAUACAGUAAAUUGUAAUACUGACUUGGAAUUAUUGAUGAA